AUGUCAACAAGAGCUGAAUGUAGGAAACCUUUAGAAAUGAAAUUUAAGGAAACUCGACAAGGUGAAAGGUCAUUUAAAUGUCCAGAAUGUGGGAAAUCAUUUAUUACAAAAACAAAUCUUGUUGAACAUCAGAGAAUUCACACAGGAGAGAAACCGUAUUCAUGUACAGAAUGUGAGAAGUGUUUUCGUCAGAAGUCAAUUCUUUUUCGACAUCAGAGAAUUCACACAGGAGAGAAGCCGUUUUCAUGUACAGAAUGUGAGAAGAGUUUUAGUCAUAAAAUAAAUUUUGCAAGUCAUGAGAAAAUUCACACAGGAGAGAAGCCGUUUUCAUGUACAGAAUGUGAGAAGUGUUUUCGUCAGAAGUCAAUUCUUUUUCGACAUCAGAGAAUUCACACAGAAGAGAAGCCGUUUUCAUGUACAGAAUGUGAGAAGUGUUUUAGUCAAAAGUCAGAUCUUGUUCGACAUCAGAUUAUUCAUACAGGGAUAAAGCCAUUUAAAUGUACAGAAUGUGAGAAGAGUUUUAGUCAUAAAAUAAGUCUUGCACGUCAUGAGAAAAUUCACACAGGAGAGAAGCCGUUUUCAUGUACAGAAUGUGAGAAGUGUUUUAGUCGGAAGUCACAUCUUGUUCAACAUCAGAGAAUUCACACAGGAGAGAAGCCGUUUUCAUGUACAGAAUGUGAGAAGUGUUUUAGUCAUAAAAUAAAUCUUGUACAUCAUGAGAGAAUUCACACAGGAGAGAAGCCGUUUUCAUGUACAGAAUGUGAGAAGUGUUUUAGUCAAAAGUCAGAUCUUGUUCAACAUCAGAUUAUUCAUACAGGGAUAAAGCCAUUUAAAUGUACAGAAUGUGAGAAAUGUUUUAAUGAUAAAUCAACUCUUUUGAAACAUUUAAAAAUUCACACGAGGAAGUAG